UCCCCUUCCCCUUCCCCAUCCUUCCCUCCCUCUUUAUCUCAUGGACGACGAAGAUAUCCCGAGCUCCCCGAAUUCUGUUCACUACGAGACCCUUGGGAUUCCCAAAGACGCGUCGCUUAACGACAUCUGCAGAGCAUAUAAAUCCCUUGUUAUGAAAUGGCACCCUGACAAGCAUUCGUUAGACAAGCUUGAAGCUCAUGACCAUUUCUUUAAGAUCACCGAGGCCUACCGGGUUCUUAGUAACAAAAAGCGAGAAGAAAGUGCAGUACCUAUAAUAAAUUUUAACGAGCUUAAAACACCAGAAACUUCAAAGACGACAGCAAAAUCACGAAAAGGUGCACUUAAAAAUGAGCGUGAGGACUUCAUCAGCAGCCCGAUGCCAAGUCCUGGAAAAGGCAUGAGAAACUCUGCAACAUCGAUGGAAGAUAUCUUUUCCUCUCUGUCGAGAGGCCCGAAUGGUAUCAACAUUUGCACACCAUCAAGUGUAACUAAUCCUGGCACUCCUGGCCCGGGAGGUGGAGAUCACCCUAGUUUAUCAAGAACAGGCACAAGAAGUAAUAGCACCCCUAUCAUUUAUUCGCACUCUACAGUUCGGAGGAAGCCUCAGCCUAUUGAGAGGAAACUCAAGUGCACACUGGAAGAAUUGUUGCGCGGAUGUGAAAAGAAAAUCAAGAUUACUAGAGAUGUCAUCUCGGGAUCAGGGCUAAUUAUGCAACAAGAGGAGAUACUGAAGAUUAAAGUAAAACCAGGAUGGAAAAAAGGAACAAAAAUUACGUUUGAAGGGAAGGGCGACGAGAGACCAGGCACUCUGCCAGCUGAUAUAAUUUUCAUCAUCGACGAAAAAAGUCAUCCUGUAUUUACACGAGACGGCGAUGACUUGGAGCUCGGAGUUGAGGUACCUUUGGUUGAAGCUCUUACAGGCUGCACCAUCAGUGUCCCAAUCUUAGGAGGUGAAAACAUGACCUUGUCUUUCGACGAAAUCUUGUACCCUGGUUAUGAAAAAAUCAUUCCAGGAAAAGGCAUGCCUAAACCCAAGACAGAAGCGACGAGAGGUGAUCUUCGGCUCAAAUUUCUUGUCGAGUUUCCAACAGAUUUGAGCGACCAACAACGGUCUCAAGUUCUACGUGUUCUUGAUGAAUGUAACUACAGCUAGUCAUCAGCAAGCUAUGAAAUUUCUCAUUCAUCAAUCAAGAUGCGUGCUUAAAAUUAACUAUUUCAAAAACGUUCAUCUAAAAUGAUCAUCAUACAAAAAUCAUCUAAAAACGAA